CAUGUUUGCUGGGGAAGGACAACCAUCCAAAGGGAGGGAAUGAGCAAUGUUUCAUUGCGGGCAGAUGCAUGAAUUAGAGGACACAACUUUGAAGCAUUCUCCUUUCUGAUUCGGUGUGUGUUUCCUUCUUUCGUCUUCAUCUGAAAGUCUCUUGGAAGACGUCGAUCAGCCAUCAUGAAGACAUUUUGGACCAUCCUCUGUUUCAUGUUGUAUGUGAACACUGACAUCGGUGGACCCUCUGUCCUGGUCCUGGCUGGCUCCCAUCACCCAGACAAUGAACAAGGUAGUCCGCCAGACUCCAUGAAAGAUGGGAUGCCUCCAGAAGUGAUGCAAGAGCUGCUGUGGUUUUUCCGGAGGGAAGACCCAUCUGCUUGGAACUACAGCAUCCUAGGGCUUUCAGCUCUGGUUCUGGUGAUUGGCAUGGGCCUCCUGGUAGCAAAUAUCAGGGCAAACAGGGCCCGGAAGGUCCUCUUCCAGGAUAACGAAGGAUAUGGAACCGCACAGCCUGCAGGGACAGAAAUGAAGCAAGCCUUUGUGCUUUUGAAGGAUGACAACAACCCAGAAGGCCUGGCAGACAGUUUGCUCCCCAAAACCCAGAACGCCGGAGAGGUGUCAAUCCACUGGAAGGAUGGAAAUGUCACAGCUUUGUACGAAGAGAAGACAGAUGUGGAUAUCUAGCAGUGUAUUUCAGUGGAAGCCUGGCAGGCUGACAGGACUGCCUUCAACCUUGAACAUCAGUUGACAGAGCAAAGUUCAUUGACUGAGAUCAAAGGAGGAUUGGUGCCCUCAUGCCCAAA